UAUCAUUAAUUGUGUUGUGUGGAUUUAGUAGUAAUCUUGUUGAUUAUUAAUAUUCCUACCAGCUAUCCCUGUAUAAAUCUAACUGCUUCCGUUGAAAUUCUGUCCAAAUUAAUGGUUUUUUUUUUUUUGCAAGAAAAUUAGCAAGGGUGGAGGUGGAGAAACGGAUUUAUUCAAAGCAAAUAUCAAGGGGUUCUUAAUGUACCUUGAAGCAAGCAACUUGUUCUUUGCAUCAUCUUCCAAUUUUUCUGUCUCAAACUUGAUUACCUCUACUUGCAGCAGCGUAAUUCCAUAGAAUCUAGUAAUGAUGAGUUCUCAAAGAAUGCUGCUGGCCUUAGUUCUCCUCAUUCUAGCAAACCUCUUGCACUUGGUCCAAUCCCAAACUUCCUGCCUCAACAAUGGCAAUUACACGAGUAACAGCACAUACAAGGCUAAUCUUGACGCUGUCCUCUCCUCUCUUCCCACAAAUGUCGAUAGCAACGGUUUCUACAACGCCUCCGUUGGCCAGAAUCCGGAUAGGGUCAACGCAGUCGUGCUCUGCAGAGGAGAUAUUCAGCUUGAUACCUGUCGGGAAUGUGUGCGAAAUGCCACUGCGGAGCUUCGAACAUCUUGCCCGAAUCAAAAACAGGCGAUUAACUGGCAGGAACUUUGCAUGCUGCGAUACUCAAAUGAAGCAUUAGUUGGAAUCCUGGCCACUGGCCCGGGCUGGUAUUUGUGGAAUAUGCAGAACGCGACGAGUCCAGACCGGUUUAAGCAGGACUUAAGAACUCUGCUAGACAGUCUACGGGGAGAAGCGGCUUACGGUGGUCCUCUGAGGAAGGUGGCGGCUAGAAACAUAAGUGGCCCUGAUUUUCAGACAAUUUUUGGACUAGUACAGUGCACCCCGGAUUUGUCGCCAGACGAUUGCAGUAGUUGCUUGAUUGGUGCUACUGCAGAGAUACCAAUAUGUUGUGACGGGAAGAAAGGGGGUAGAGUGCUCAGGCCCAGCUGCACUCUUCGUUUUGAGAGUGAUCCCUUCUACAAUGGGACUAGGCUUCAAGAACUAGCGCGGCAGCCUGAACCACCAGUGAUGUCACCACCUGGACCAGGAACGCCUGGUGGUAAUACAACACAAGCGGUUAAGGAUGGUGGUAAUAGUAAUACAACAACUGUUAUUAUUAUUGUUGUUGUUUCAGUUGUUGCGAGCGUGAUAUUAGCUGCUUCUAUUUGGAUCUUCUUAAAAAAGAGAAAAACGCAGAAACCAAGAGAAGAUCCUGAGACUGUCGACGACAUUAGCACUCCUGAAUCUUUACAGUUUGCCUUUGGCACAAUUAGAGAUGCAACAAAUAAUUUCUCAGACAAUAACAAGUUAGGACAAGGUGGAUUCGGGACAGUUUAUAAGGGAAAACUUCCAAAUGCUCAAGAAAUAGCUGUCAAAAGAUUAUCCAGGAAUUCAGGACAGGGAGAUUUGGAAUUUAAGACUGAGGUCCUAUUACUUGCCAGGCUUCAGCACAGAAAUCUGGUUAGACUCUUGGGUUUUUGCCUAGAAGGAGAAGAGAAGGUUCUCGUGUAUGAAUUCGUUCAGAAUGCAAGCCUCGAUCUCUUUAUAUUCGACCCGAUAAAAAAAUCGUAUCUAGAUUGGGAAAGACGAUACAAGAUCAUAGGGGGUAUUGCUAGGGGAAUUCUUUACUUGCACGAAGACUCUCGGCUCAGGAUCAUUCACCGUGACCUCAAAGCUAGUAACGUACUUUUAGAUGGAGAUAUGAAUCCGAAAAUUGCAGACUUCGGCAUGGCAAGGUUAUUUGGACACGAUGAAACUCAAGGAAACACUAGCAGAAUCGUCGGAACCUAUGGAUAUAUGGCACCAGAAUAUGCAAUGCAUGGGCAGUUUUCUGUUAAGUCAGAUGUGUUCAGUUUUGGAGUACUUGUUCUGGAAAUAAUCAGCGGUCAGAAGAACAAUUGUUUUCGAAAUGGGGAGAAUGUGGAGGACCUCUUGAGCUUCGCAUGGACAAAUUGGAGAGAAGGAACAGCUGCAAAUGUGGUGGAUCCAUUCUUGAGGUCUGGUGCAGGCUCCAUGCAGGAGAUGCUGAGGUGCAUUCACAUUGGUUUGCUCUGUGUUCAAGAGAAUGCAUCAGAUAGGCCGACGAUGGCUUCUGUUGUGCUCAUGCUCAAUAGUUUUUCCUUAACUCUGGGAGUGCCUUCUGAACCUGCAUUUUAUGCUCCCAGUAGCUAUGAUUCAGAUGUCUCACUCCUCCAAGAGAACAAUUCAAGAAACCAUGACCACAACUCAACUCAAUCCGAUCGUUCAUCCAGAAAUGAUGCCUCAAUCACUGAGUUUCAUGACGGACGAACAGACAGACCGAGAGUCAUGAAUACAGGAAGCUGGAAACUCUCGGUGAUGCUACUUUUUCUCAUAAACCUUGUAGCCUUCGCCACAGCCCAAGACCAAAAUCCCUAUCAAUGUUUGAACAAAGGAAAUUACACAAGUAACAGCACAUACAGCGCAAAUCUUAACUCGCUGCUCUCUUCUCUCGCCUCGAGCAUCAACGAGACCGGAUUCUACAGCGUAUCCGUGGGGCAAAACUCGGACACAGUUGAAGCUAUUGUCCUCUGCAGAGCCGACCGAACCCUUGAUCAGUGCCGUAGUUGUGUCCAAGACGCGGCCGUUGAAGUAGUACGGUCGUGCCCCUACCAAAAAGGGGCGAUUCUAUGGUAUGAAUUCUGUAUGUUGCGGUACUCAAACCUGCAGUCCAUAUACGGAAUACCGACAACUACUGAUCCCCGAAUCAUCCUGAGGAAUACGUUUAGUGCCGAGAGUUUUCUCGAGCGGUUUAGGGAGGAUCGGAGAAUCCUCAUGAAUGAUCUUCGGGUCCAGGCGGCCAUGAACGGGGGCUCUUCGGGGAAGGCUAGUGGAGGGUUUAGGAAUACUUCUGAUAUUGGGACAAUUUAUGGGUUGGAUAAUACAAUUUAUGGGCUAGUGCAGUGUACUCCAGAUUUGUCUCCCCAGGAAUGUGACGAUUGCUUGAUCCAAGCUGGUGAACUCCGAGAAUGCUGUGAUAAUGCCAGAGGGGUGAGAAUGCUCAUGCCCAGCUGCAAUCUUCGAUAUGAGCUUUAUCCCUUCUAUAACGAGACUAGGCUGAGGGAACUCCACUUACUCUUACUACCGCCGCCGCCACCACCAGGAAGAAAAGGUAAUAAAACUCGAAAUAUUAUCAUCAUCACUGUUGCAAUUGCUGUAUCUGUGACGCUUGCCGCUUGUGCUGCCAUCUACUUGAGUAAAAGAAUAAAGCGGAGGCCACGUGAACUCCUGGAGGAUGAAUUAGCUAUUGAUGAGAUUAGCACGGUUGAAUCCCUGCAAUAUGAUUUUGGCAAAAUCAGAGCGGCAACAAAUGAUUUCUCUGAUGCUAAUAAGUUGGGCAAAGGUGGAUUUGGGGUUGUUUACUGGGGCAAACUUUUAACCGGGCAAGAAAUAGCAGUCAAAAGACUGUCUAAAAAUUCAGGACAAGGUAAUAUAGAAUUCAAAAAUGAGGUCUUGUUGGUGGCCAGGCUUCAACACAGGAAUCUGGUUAGGCUCUUGGGCUUCUCUCUAGAAGGAACUGAGAGGCUUCUAAUAUAUGAAUUCGUUCAAAAUGCAAGUUUAGACCAGUUCAUAUUUGACCCGAUCAAAUGUUCACGUUUAGAUUGGGAAAGACGCUACAAGAUCAUAGAGGGUAUUGCCCGGGGAAUUCUUUACUUACAUGAAGAUUCUCGAAUUAGGAUCAUUCAUCGAGAUCUCAAAGCAAGUAAUGUUCUUUUAGAUGGAGACAUGAACCCCAAGAUUGCAGAUUUUGGCAUGGCCAGGUUAUCACGGAACGAUGAAACUCAAGGAAACACCGACAGAAUUGUUGGAACCUAUGGAUAUAUGGCACCAGAAUAUGCAAUGCACGGGCAAUUUUCUGUUAAGUCAGAUGUGUUUAGCUUUGGAGUGCUAGUUCUCGAAAUUAUUAGUGGACAAAAGAACAGUUAUUUCCGAAGUGGGGAGACUCUCUUGAGCUUUGUGUGGAAAAAUUGGCGUGAAGGAACAGCUGGAAAUGUGGUGGACCUAUUCUUGAGGUCUGGUUCGGGUUCCAUGAAUGAGGUGUUAAGGUGCAUUCACAUUGGUUUACUCUGUGUUCAAGAGAAUGCAUCCGACAGGCCAACCAUGGGUUCUGUUCUUCGUAUGCUCAGUAGCUCUUCCUUAACUCUGGCAAUGCCAUCUCAGCCUACAUUUUAUUUAUCCAUUCAAUCUCAUGAUUCAAAUGUUUCAAUGCUUUCGGAAAUCCAACCCCAAUCUCAUCAUUUGUCCAAAAAUAAUAUCUCACUCUCUGAGUUAUAUCCACGGUAA